AUGGCCUUUGUUCUGUGGCGAGCAGGCCUUGCGGCGCUUCUCGGCGCUUGGGUCACGGCGGCUGAAGACGAGACAUUGCUCGAAGGCGAUGAAAGCGGCCCCGGACCUGAGGAUGAGCCGGUCUAUCCGGCGCAGGUGGAAGCUGGCGGUGCGUAUGUCUCCAACAAGGAGGCGAAGGCAUUCUACUGGAGAUUACGGAUGAGACCUGUUCGAGAGGGUGAGAUGCAAGCGAUGUUGGGAGCCUCCUUCGAGAACGGUUGGCCGAAUCCUUUCGGCAAGUCUGCUGAGGACGUUGCGAGCUGGUUGUGGACCGAUCUGCUGGCCAGCAAUCCCUUCGGCAACUACGGAGUCCUGGUGCCCUGGCCGGAGGAGGACGACGACCAGCUGGGCCACGGUGGCUGGGUGGCCUACUCGCGAAGGCAGGUCUGCUACAUCACAGCCAAGAGCUUCUUCGGUGGAAAGCUUUGGAACUACGAAAGUGGACUCUUCCGGCUCAUGAAGAUGUGCCAAGGCGCCUGCGACUUUCGGGCUUCCUUUGCGACCCUCCUGGCAGCUUGCUCUGCAGACGAGACGCUGGCCGACGGCAAGCAGGGUCCGAUGAUCCUCGUGGCAAAGGCCAACGUUGCACCCGAGGUGCCGGACGUCAGAGCCCUCGCGGAAAACGUGAUUCUGGAAUCCUCUGGGCUGCGCAUUUGCGACUACGACGCCGGGGCCGGUGACAUCUCAAACGCGGAGACGGUUGAUGUAUCUGGGUGCGUUCCGCGCAGUGCCACCAAUGUCGGGGUCGACUUCAUGACAGGAGGCCUGGAAGGUCAGGUUACUCAAGAUAUCUCUGCCUCGUGGUUUGGUGGCUAUCUGUUUGAUGCCAAAGCAUGUGGCCUGGGUGGUGGACAAGACGAGCGCCUCUCCGUCUAUUUUCCAGAGGUCACCGUUCUUGCAUAUUUCUUAUCGAGGAGCAUGCCUUACCCACAGGUGCGACAGCCCGUUUGGUUCUUGGGAGCUCGAAACUUCUUCAAGAACCUGGAUGGCACUGCCCGCUUCGACUCUCCACUGGUUCUUUCCGACAUUCCCGUCGACGAUCGAAAUCUUGAGACGAUCACCCUGGAGGGAGCCUCCUACCAGAUCGACAAGUCGAGGCCCGUGGUGGUCUUCAUGAGCGAAAGCCAGGGCUUCUUCAAGGAGACGAAGCACAACCUGGCGCUGGCAAGGACAAAUCGGCUACAAGCGCAGAGAGACAUGGGUGCCGGGAAGUUCGCGUUCGAGAAGCAGGUGCGAGCUUGGUACCGCUCCAUGGCACUGGACUCCUACGACGAGGCCAUUCGGCCCAUCUUGAAAAAGCUGAGCCGCUCGUUGGGCGCUGGCCCAUGGCUUGCCGGGCUGUGGUGGGGCGAUUCGCAGCUCGGUUUUUUGGCGGCUUGGCUCGGGCAGGCUCUUGCAGCUCACACCUGGGGCCAGCCUCUUCCUCUCGACUACUACCUUUAUGCCGACUUCACGGAGAAUCCGGGCAACAUGUGCUACCUCCUUCCUGGAGAGGCCUGUGAGAAGUGCCUGGAGACCUGCCAGAGUCCGGAUCCCCCCGCCAGUGCGUAUUGGAUGCCCGACGAGGCGUAUUUCAACGGCCGACCCUGCGUUCCAGACAAGUCCAUCUGCGGUCGGGAAGGCUUUGACGAUGUCGUCGGGGCAUUUUUGGGGAGGAGUGUCGCGGAGGUGUGGAGGGAGAUAGAGAGCCAGGUGUUCACGGUGAAGCCAGGGCACUGUUUGAAGUCAUGCCUGGCCACGGACAACACGCUGUACUUUCAUGAGUCCCAGUGA